AUGAACUGGAUCAGAGCACGACAACCCGAUCAGAUCGCCGAGCGGAGGAGCGACAUCCUCACCUCCGCCGCCGCGAUGCUCGAGGUCAAAGAGCUCGAGUCCGUCACCCUGGGCGACAUCGCCGAAUCCGCCGGCAUCUCCAAAGCGAACAUCUACCGGUACUUCAGCUCCCGCGACGAGAUCUACCUCACGAUCUUCGUCAUGGAACGCGAGAGCUUCGCGCACGAACUAAUCGAGCGGAUCGGACGCUGCCGAGCCAAGGACCGCAUCUCCCGCAUCGCGGAGAUCUGGGCGGAAACCGCGCUCGCACACGUCACGCUCCUCGAACUCUACCCGCGUCUCCACACCACCCUGGAACGCAACUCGUCCGUCGACCAGAUCGCCGAACUCAAGAAGACAGGAGGCGCCAUGCUCCGUCGAAGCGCCGCGGCGCAUCACGCGCUCGUCCCCGAGAUCGAUGAAUCAGCCUGGUACGGCAUCACACAGGCCUCCGUCGCGCUCAUGACCGGCUUCUGGCACUUCGUGAACCCGGACGAAAAGGUACGCCUCGCCAUGUCUCGACCCGACGUCGACCAGCCAUCCAUGGACUUCCGCUCCAUGUUCGUCUCCUCCCAGGCCGCGAUGAUCCGCGGCCACGUUCCCCGCGUCUGA